AUGGAAGGAGAGCAGGCUCGUCAAGCGGGUUACCAGGCUUUCCUGCUUUAUCCAGCCACUAUAAAAGUGUCCAAAGGCCAUGAGCACGAGGUAUUCCAGGAUCCUGUGAAGUUGGAGAAGUUCCUUGAGAGUCAAGAGGAGGAAGAAUCCUUUGGAAACACGACGCGGGCUCAAGCUGCUCUGAUCGAUGAUGAGAACAACGUCACAUAA